AUCACUUUUGAUUUGUCUACGACACAAGCACUACGUGCAAUUACAUUUACAAAACCAUCUACUUCUACGAGGUAAUAUUUUGGUUUAAAUAAAAAGAGAUCUUCAUCUCUAAUAAAUUUGAAAUAUACAUUUGUUUUAUUUUUAUAUAAAAUCUUGGGAAUCUUUUUGGAGCUGAACAUUUGGUCCUAGCGAACCGGAUUUCUUAGAUCAUUUAUCGGAUUUUUUGGAUCUUUAUCAGUACCGGAUCUUCUUUGGCACCUUCAACUCCAUUCCUAUAAUACAGUCCACCGGAGAUAUAUUUAUCAUUUAUUUAUUUCUACGAAAUAAGCUGUGGUCAGCUAAUUGGAAACGCUCUCGUUAUAUUACUGCUUGACGUGAUUUGUAUAAAAUUAUGAAAAUAUUACGUUAGAUUUUUUGUUCGAAACACAUGUAUUUUAUAAAUUGAUGUUGUUAUAAUAAAAUGGAAUGCAUUUUGUUGUGGAACAUUUCUUAUUUACUUUUCAAUUUUAAAUUUGGUGAAAAUCGCCCAAAGCUAAAUCAAAGAAAUUGCGACAACUAAUUGGAAACGGCCAUAUUUUAUUAAAAUUUUUUUUAAGUUAAAUCUAAUUUUGAUAAAAAAUGUAAUUGCAUUUGGGUAUAUAUUGUUUCUAAUUUAUAAGAAAUUUUACAUAAUUAUUUUUAGGCUAAGAAUGAAAAUAGGCCAAAGAAAUUCUCUUUCCUUGGGUAGAUCUAUUUUUGAACAUCAUAAAGCUUGUAAAUCUUAAAAGGAUAUAGGAGAAGAGCCCUAUUGUUCAAAAAAAUAUAUUUUUAAUCGUUUAUAGCAUUUUAAGAAAUAUGACACUGAUACUAACGCUCCACGUGAAAAAUUUUCCGAAAAAAUAUCAGCCCAUCCCAAACCGGAUAAUAAGACAAAUCUCUAAAGCUGGCCCAAAGGAAUCAUCCAUGGGCAUCCAGCGGUAAAUUUGAGAAAAAUUAGAUAUAACGUUAUCUAAGCCAACUAUUUCGCGAUUUUUGACGGAAUCGGGGCAUCUUGAGAAAGGGCGGAUGAAACCUUUUCCAACUAAAAUUCAAAGAAUUUGCAAUAUCUCUUGUAUAUGAAAUAUCGUGUUGAAUUGACCUGAUCUUAUCAAAAUUAGACGGUUAAUCAGUGGAAUUAUUUACUUCGGAGCUUUGAAACAGAGAUUAAUCGUAUUAUACCUCAAUAUACAAGGUACAAUAAAUGGUAAAAGGUGUGGCAGAUUUUCGAAUGAGAUAUGGCAAAUUCUUUAAACUUUAGCUGCUAAAGGUUUCCUUCGCGAUUCUCUUCCAAUAUGCCCCGAUUCCACCAAACAUCGUGAAAUAGUUGGCUAAGAUAACGUUAUAUCUAAUUUUUCUCAAAUUUACCGCUGGAUGCCCGUGGAUGAUUCCUUUGGGCCAGCUUUAGAGAUUCGUAUUAUCAUCCGGUUUGGGGGUGGGCUGAUGUUUUUCUGGAAAAUUUUUGACGUAGAGCGUUAGUAUCAGUGUCAUAUUUCUUAAAAUGCUAUAAACGAUCAAAAAUAUAUGUUUUUGAACAAAAGGGCUGUUCUCCUAUAUCUUUUUACGAUUUACAAGCUUUAUGAAGUUCAAAAAUGGAUCUACCCAGGGAAGGAAUAUUUCUUUGUUCUAUUUUCAUUAUUAGUCCUAAAAAUAAUGAUGUAACAUUUCUUAUAAAUUAAAUUAAUAAUAAUAUUUACCAAAGUACAAUUAAAUUUUUUUAUCAAAAUUAGAUUUAACUUAAAAAAAUUUUAAUAAAAAAUGGUCGUUUCCAAUUAGUUGUCGCAAUUUCUUUGAUGUAUCUUUGGGCGAUUUUCACCAAAUUUAAAAUUGAAAAGUAAAUAAGAAAUGUUCCACAACAAAAUGCAUUUCAUUUUAUUAUAACAACAUCAAUUUAUAAAAUACAUGAGUUUCGAACUGAAAAUCUAACAUAAUAUUUUCAUAAUAUUAUACAAAUCAUGUCAAGCUGUAAUAUAAAGAGAGCGUUUCCAAUUAGCUGACCACAGCUGUAUAUUUAAAAUUUUUUAAUUUAUUUUUGAUCCUACGGACAAUAUAUUAAAUUAAAGUAAAUUUUAUUAAAAUUUUAUUACAAAAAUCAGUGGUUUUUACAUUUUCUUUUGUGCGUUAUUUGUUUACAGAUUUAGAUCUGUAAAAUAAAACAAUAAAAUACAUAAACGGUUGAUUCUUCUUCUACCUUUAUAUUAGUCACCCUACGCUCGGCCAGUUUGACUAUUAUCACAUGUGUUUAUAUACAUUUUGUAGUCAAGUAGUAUUAUUAAUUUAUUUAUUUUAAACGACUUUUCAAAUAUUAAAAAAUGUCGGUUUCGCCACUAAACUCGUUUAUUAGAGCAUCGGAUGCUCUUAUUGCAUUCGGGGCUAUGUUUAGUAAUUUUGACGAAGAAAUUCAUACGGUUUAUACUUUAGAGAUUCAGAGUCAAGAGUUAAAAACACUUUGGGGUAAAGUUAAGACGACGUAUAAUGAAUGUCUUUACUUUUUAGAGUCCGAAGAAUUUGAUGUGGCAGCGGCUAAAUAUAAAGCUACCUAUACAGCGUAUAUCCAAUGCGGAGGAUCUAUCCAUGGAAAAAUAGAUGAAUUCAAAUCUGCUUUGAAAAGCAAUGAAUCUCCAACGGUAAAUUCGAACUCCGGUAAUACAGAUCAUAAUCUAGCACUACCUCCUUGUGAUAUUGAUUCCUUCAGAGGUGAUUAUGUUUCUUGGCCCGCUUUUAGGGAUUUAUUUACCGCAAUUUUUAUUAAUAGCUCGCGGCUUAGCAAUAUAGAACGGCUUUGCCAUUUAAUAAGAAAAACCGAGGGUGAAGCAAAAGAAAUCGUUUCUAAAUAUCCACUUGUUAACGCAAGUUUUGAAGUAGCCUGGCGCGAUUUAAAGGAAGCAUAUGAGAAUCCUCGUAUGUUGGUACAUAACCAACUACAACUUAUUUUUGGCCUUCCUUUCCUUGACAAGGAAUCGAUAACAGCACUCAAAACACUACAACGCGAAAUUAAUAGUUGCCUUUCGGCUCUUUCUAUUUAUAAAGUGCCUACGGAUAAUUGGGAUCCAAUUAUAAUUUUUAUGUGUAUUCAACGUCUGCCUAGAUCUACAGUUAUUUUGUGGGAACAGGGUGUUAAAAACAAAACAGUUUUGUCUACAUGGAAAGAUUUCGAUAAUUUUCUGACAGAAAGAAUUCAGACAUUACAAUGUCUUCAAGAUCUUAAAGGUACGAACUCGACUGACGUCGACUCUUCAGUGCAUUCAAAUAGUUCUACUAUUACUAAACCUUCAUGUAUCUUAUGCCCUAAUCAGUCACACUAUUUGCGAAAUUGUCGUCGAUUUAAAAAUCUUUCAGUAUCUGACAGAAUUUCUACUGUGAAUGAUUAUAACUGCUGUACUAGUUGCCUUUCGAGGACACAUAAAGUCAGAAGUUGUACAAUCAACAAUAACUGUUUUAUUUGCAAUAAUCGACAUCAUUCUAUGCUUCAUCUGCAGCAUACAGAUAAUUCUAUAGUUGAAAGACGUACUGUUUCUACUGAACAGAAUUCCAGUGAGGUUCUACGACCCACUAACUCUCACACUCGACAAUCGCAUACGUCCAAUAAUGUUACUUCUAAUCCACAAGUAUUUCAUACUAGACAGAAUCAGUCCGUUUUGUUAGGGACUGCAAUGGUAAACAUAAUUCAUAACAGCCAUAAGUAUCAGGUCCGUGCUUUAAUAGAUUCGGGUUCAGAAUGUUCUUUCAUUUCUGAACGUUUACGAAAAAGAUUAAAACUUCCCACUCAUUCUUCGAAUUCUAACGUUUCUGGCGUUAAUAAUGUGAUUUUUGGAGUUUCAAAGUUUUUUCCAUUGGAAAUUAGUUCAGAUUUAGAUUCUUCAAUAAAACUAUCAACUAACGCAUUUGUUUUACCAGAAAUAACAGGAAAUUUGCCUUCGACUUCUGUAAAUGUCGAUAUUGGAAAAUUAUUGCCAAAUCUUUGUUUGGCUGAUUCGAAUCUUUUUACCAGUAGGCCUGUAGAUAUUCUUAUCGGAGCAGUUUUAAAUCCGCGCAUUAUUUCACCGGAAAUACAACAAAACGUAUUAGGGUCAUUAUUGGCACAGAAAACUAUAUUUGGUUGGAUACUGACAGGUCCAGCUAAUCCUAGGGAUUUUGAAACAUAUAUCGGCAAUUUAACGUAUUCUACGUGGUCUAACGCUUUUUAACCUUUAAUUUAUUAUCACUUUAAAAUGCUCACAGAAAUAUAUUUAUGUUCCUACUACCUUAUUUAUGUUUUUACCUUAUUAUUUAUUAUCUUUAUAUAUAUUACAUGUCUUAUAUUAAAUAAUAAUCCACCUGCAGGACUUCGGUGCUGUGGGAAAAGUCGAGAGACUUCUUAAAAAUCCACCUGCGGGACUUCGGUUCUGUGGGGAAAGUCGAGAGACUUUUUAAAAAUCCCCCUGCGGGACUUAGUCGUUUUAAAAUCGUUUGCAAUUCCUAAGGUAUUGCAAGGUGGCCGGCAAUAUUUAAGUUAAAAUUGAUUUAACUACCUUUUUGAAAUACUAUUUAUAACAACGUUAGAAUCCUAUAAAGCUUCCCUUUUUUUGCAACAUUGUUGGAAGAUUCUAACGAGUAACCGCUAACGGUGCUUAAAUAUUGUUUGCCACCAAAUUUAUGCUUGUUUCGUUUGACAUUAUAAAUCACUUUUGAUUUGUCUACGACACAAGCACUACGUGCAAUUACA